GACACAGCAGAUCCAGUCGCAGGCAGCGUCCAGCCUGGACUACUCCAGCCACCUCUGACCCACCCGACCCUCCUGCCCCGGCCCGCUCUCCACUUAGAUCACGCUCGCUCCGCACCCAGCCCCGUAACCUGCCGGGCCGCCACUGCAGCCGCCAUACCUGCUCUGGCCCGUCAAGCGCCAUCUUCUCUCUUCAGCAGAGACCGCCGGCAUCCGAGUCGCCUUUGCGCGCAGGCGCGGAAGCGGAGGCUUGUGACCUGAAGACCAGGCAGAGAAGAGUUCCGGGUCAAUGGGCGGGGUGCGCGGCCAGACCACACUAACUAAGGGGACCAUGAUGGGAGGGGCGACUACGAGAGUUUAGGGGCUUUGGAGGGGGAAGAGGAAGGAGCAGAACUCUUCAAUGUUGCCUCAUUGAAACUCUGUUUGUAGUUCUUGUAAUAUGCCUUCCUAGUCUCAACUUUCAACUUACAAAAUCCGAGGACAGAGUACCGAGAACACUCUAUGGCCACACUCAAAAUGGCGGAAAACCUCGAGCCAGGGACGCAGGGGACGCAAGCGGAAGCGGAAGUACGUUUGCUGCAUACAUGUGCGGUUCCGAGUGUGGAGAAAGCGGCCGUGGGUCUAGAUUGAGCGAUACUACCCCAUUCCACCAUGGGCAAGAAGGGCAAAGUUGGCAAGAGCCGACGGGACAAGUUUUAUCACUUGGCGAAGGAGACGGGUUACCGUUCCCGAUCUGCUUUCAAGCUGAUCCAGCUCAAUCGCCGCUUUCAGUUCCUGCAGAAAGCCCGAGCCUUGCUGGACCUGUGUGCUGCGCCAGGGGGAUGGCUGCAAGUAGCUGCCAAGUUUAUGCCUGUAUCCAGCCUUAUUGUGGGAGUGGACCUGGUUCCAAUCAAGCCUCUCCCCAAUGUGGUGACUCUCCAGGAGGACAUCACAACAGAACGUUGUAGGCAGGCCCUGAGGAAGGAGCUGAAGACCUGGAAGGUUGAUGUUGUGCUCAAUGAUGGGGCCCCCAAUGUGGGGGCUAGCUGGGUCCAUGAUGCUUACUCACAAGCCCAUUUGACACUGAUGGCUCUGCGUUUGGCUUGUGACUUUUUGGCCCGGGGUGGCUGCUUCAUCACAAAGGUUUUCCGUUCUCGUGACUAUCAGCCUCUGCUAUGGAUCUUUCAGCAGCUGUUCCGCCGUGUCCAGGCCACCAAGCCCCAAGCCUCUCGCCACGAAUCUGCAGAGAUCUUUGUAGUCUGCCAAGGAUUCCUGGCCCCUGACAAGGUUGACAGUAAAUUCUUCGACCCCAAAUUUGCCUUCAAGGAGGUUGAAGUUCAGGCUAAGACUGUUACUGAAUUGGUGACUAAGAAGAAGCCAAAGGCUGAAGGCUAUGCUGAGGGCGACCUCACUCUUUAUCACCGUACCUCAGUCACUGACUUCCUCCGAGCUGCCAACCCUGUCGACUUCCUGUCUAAGGCCAGCGAAAUCAUGGUAGAUGAUGAAGAGUUGGCACAGCAUCCAGCUACCACUGAAGACAUACGGGUGUGCUGUCAGGACAUCAGAGUGUUGGGGCGCAAGGAGCUCAGGUUGCUACUAAACUGGAGAACAAAACUUCGGCGAUAUGUGGCCAAGAAGCUGAAAGAACAAGCAAAGGCACUGGACAUCAGCCUCAGCUCUGGAGAGGAAGAUGAAGGUGAUGAGGAGGACUCAACAGCUGGGAUCACAAAGCAGCCCUCUAAGGAGGAGGAGGAGGAGGAGGAACAACUGAACCAGACCCUGGCAGAAAUGAAGGCCCAGGAGGUGGCAGAAUUGAAGAGGAAGAAAAAGAAGCUGCUGCGUGAGCAGAGAAAGCAGCGGGAGCGUGUGGAGCUGAAGAUGGAUCUGCCUGGGGUUUCCAUUGCAGACGAGGGGGAGACUGGCAUGUUCUCCUUGCGCACCAUCCGGGGUCACCAGUUAUUAGAGGAAGUAACACAAGGGGAUAUGAGUGCAGCAGACACAUUUCUGUCCGAUCUGCCGAGGGAUGACAUCUAUGUGUCAGAUGUUGAGGACGACGGUGAUGACACAUCUGCAGAUAGUGACCUGGAUCCAGAGGAGCUGGCAGGAGUCAGGGGACAUCAGGAUCUAAGGGACCAAAAGCGUGUGCGAUUUACUGAAGUAGAAGAUGAUAAAGAGGAGGAGGAGGAGGAGGAGAAUCCACUGCUGGUACCACUGGAGGAAAAGGCAAUACUGCAGGAAGAACAAGCCAACUUGUGGUUCUCAAAGGGCAGCUUCGUUGGGAUUGAGGAUGAUGCAGAUGAGGCCCUUGAGAUCAGUCAGGCCCAGCUAUUGUUUGAGAGCCGGCGCAAGGGACAGCAACAGCAGCCACAGCAGCUGCCACAGACACUGCCUUCCUGUUUGAAGACUGAGAUAAUGUCUCCCCUGUGUCGAGAUGAAGCCCCUAAGGGAACAGAGGCUUCUUUGGGGACAGAAGCUGCCACUGGUCCUGAAGGGGAAGAAGAGGAUGGCAUCUCAGACAGUGAUAGCAGUAGUAGCAGUGAGGAUGAAGAGAGCCGGGAACUCCUCCGUGGUAAGAAGCAAAGUCGUGGGCCUAAGUCAGAUGAUAACGGGUUUGAGAUAGUGCCUAUCGAGGACCCAGCAAAACAUCGGAUACUGGACCCUGAAGGCCUUGCUCUAGGUGCUGUUAUUGCCUCUUCCAAAAAGGCCAAGAGAGAUCUCAUAGAUAAUUCCUUCAACCGGUACACAUUUAAUGAGGAUGAGGGGGAGCUUCCAGAGUGGUUUGUGCAAGAGGAAAAGCAGCACCGAAUACGACAGUUGCCUAUUGGUAAGAAGGAGGUGGAGCAUUACCGGAAACGCUGGCGGGAAAUCAAUGCCCGUCCCAUCAAGAAGGUGGCUGAGGCUAAGGCUAGAAAGAAAAGGAGGAUGCUGAAGAGGCUGGAGCAGACCAGGAAGAAGGCAGAAGCCGUGGUGAACACAGUGGACAUCUCAGAACGAGAGAAAGUGGCACAGCUGAGAAGUCUCUACAAGAAGGCUGGGUUUGGCAAGGAGAAACACCAUGUCACCUAUGUUGUAGCCAAAAAAGGUGUGGGCCGCAAAGUGCGCCGGCCAGCUGGAGUCAGAGGUCAUUUCAAGGUGGUGGACUCAAGGAUGAAGAAGGACCAAAGAGCACAGCAACGUAAGGAACAAAAGAAAAAACACAAACGGAAGUAAGCAGAGCUGCCAGGCUCACCAGGAGAGCACGGGGACUAGGAGGAAGGGUGUGACGUGGCUCAGUCUGGCCCCCUUGAUAACCAGCCCAGCCCCUGCUCACAUCACAGCUGUCUGAAGAACAGUGAGGCGGGGUGCCUAGAACUCCCGUGGUGGUCUUCAGCAGAGAGGACGAUGUCCUCCUGCUUGCCUGAAGGAAGGUCUCCCAUGAAAGCACUGCUGAACUGUGUUGACAGACCCACGACCCUUUUUUUAAACUGUUAAGGGGAAGUUCAGUGUUGGAGCGACACUCGAUGUAGUCUACACCUGGACAUGUGGGCUAAGCCUUCCCCCAUCCUAUUCCUGAAUAAAACCAGGAUAAUGGAA